AUGUCUUCGGAUGAAAGUUUUAAUGACGAAUAUCUUGAUAAAUCUUCUCCAAUUCGAAUGUCUGAUCGAGUUCUUAGAUCAUCAUCUGUCUCAACAAGUUCUGAUCAAAGAAUGCCAAUGAACUUCAUUAAUGAGACAUACUCAUCAACCAGCUCCAACACAAAAAGAAUUUCUAAUGAAAAUCUUACUUCACGUUCGAUCUUUUAUAGUGCUUCGGAUCAUGAAGUUGUUGAACGAUCAAGUCAAAUUUUCGAUGUCAGUCAUUUGAAAGAAUGCAUUGAUACAGCACAUAUCUGUCCUGGUGGUCGACUUGAGCUAAUUAUUGAUGCUGGAAAAAGCUUCGGAUUAUUUCACAAAAAUGGGUUGAAGUGUUCCAUUUGUAAUAAAAUUACUGACUUAACCAAUUUUCCAGCUCAACCUGCACGUCAUAUCCAAGAACCUAAUCAACGUUUAUAUGCAGCAAGUGCAAUAAGUGGUAUUGGUUAUGACACUACUCAGUUUGUACUAUCAUUAUUGGGAAUUAGUGUACCAUCUCGUUCUAAUUUUUACAAUCAAGUUUAUAAUUUAUAUGAUCAAUUAUUUGAUUUUGCUCAUGCAGAUUUCUUAACGUUGAUCAAUGAAAUACGAAAUAAUGCAAAAUGUGAUUCCAAAACCAUUUUGAAUCUUACUGUCUCUCUUGAUGGCACUUGGAAAAAACGAGGUCAUCAUUCAAUGUAUGGUGUCGUUUUUUUGAUCGAUGCUGACUCUGGAUUUUGCUUGGAUUUUGAGACUCUAAGUACACGAUGCGGAACAUGCGAAUACAAAAGUCAUCAGAAAAAAUGUUCUAAAACGUGGGAUGGUAGUGCAGGUGGAAUGGAAAAAGAAGGUGCAAAGAAAAUCUUUGAAAGAUCUCUUGAAAAAGGAGUUCGAUAUAGUAACAUGAUUAGCGAUGGUGAUUCAAGUGCGUACGAAACUGUUAAGUACAUUUAUGCUAAUAUGCUACUCAAUGAUCGUUCACGUUCAAUAUCUCAUGAAAAUCGUACAACUACAGAUUUGUUACUUGAAAAUGAACAUCAUGACAAUCAUAAUUCUAAUUCGUUUCUUUUAUCAGAUGAAUAUAAGAGUUAUAUUGUAACGAAAGAAGAUUGCAUAAAUCAUGUAAAAAAAAGAGUCUCUAGUUAUCUAAAGACAUUGAAAAAUCGACAUACAGGUUUUGAAGAAGAACAAGAGGAACAUUUAACAACAACAAAACAUCAAAAAGGUGUUUCAUCAUCAAUUAAUAAAAGACGUAGACGACGAUGUUUAGCCGAUGGUAAACCGUAUGGAGGAGGUGUUGGUCGAAUGACUAAAAGUAUGGAAAAAAAACUAUCUGAUUAUUACGGAUUGGCAAUUCGGUACAGUAGUGAAGUGGCUAAAGGUACAGGUAUUAUUUUUGUAUAUUCAUAA